UUCAGUCUGCUUACUCCUGCUGUAACCACUGCGGCAAGCCCAUUCUGUUCCCUCCACUACUUACCACCGGUAAGAUCACUGCGUUCUUGUUUUCCUAUGGACUCUGCUCACUGAUAUUCCCAGACCCUGGCCUGAGGAUUGAUAAAGCCAAGCUUAAACUCAAGACCAAUUUUCAAGACUGCAAUCUUCUCUUGUGUAUUUUUGAUUAGAUUUAGUUCACUCAUUAUCCUGGCCCAGUUUUGAUCAUUUGCUAGUUAUCCUUGUUUAUUCUUUCCUGUUCAACCAGUUUGGGCUGCUGGUUAUUUAUGUUCUCAUGCUAGGUUCACCCCAUCACUCAUAGCCCUGGGCUGUCCCAUCUUCACUAACCUACUAACCAUCAUAUUUCACCGUCAUGUACCACUGAUUCUAUUUAAUAUAUUUUUGCCUGGUUCUUCCUCCGUUUGUUUCCCUGAGUUUAUUUUGCUUGGCUUCACGUGCUGGUACUAUACCGGCCGGACCGUUGACCUUUAGAGGGGCUGACCCCCAACAUUUUGGUGCCCAGACCCAUUUUCUUUUCUUGUAAUCUUUGUAUUUUUCUGGUAAUUAUAUUUUUUUGCGUGUGUUGUGUCAGGAUGGCAGAGGAAUCUCGUUCUGUGUUGGGUCAUGCUGUGGUGCGUCCAGAUGAUGAUGGUGUUGAAGGUAUUGCUGAUCCUGGUGUGGGUGAACUUAUGGUCAUGAAGAGUCCUGGUCAACUCUUGUGCAAGGAAGCUCUUUUGGCGUUUUGUGGACUGUAUAGUUUGCAAGUUUGGGUCCAUUGUGGAAUGGAGAAGCCAAUAAUACAUGCGCUUCCAUGGCGCUCCUCUGGCAGAUGUUGGUGGUAGAGUGCACUUGCAGUGGUUGGCUGGGGUGCAUUAUAAUCCUGUUGAGGAAACCAGGCAGUAUUUGGGUAUCACCUCUGCUCCAUUACCGGCUUUGUCAUCUCCCGCAGAUUGUUUAUUGGACCAUGUUGAUGAGUUGGAAGAGAGUCCUGAAGUGGUUGUGGGUGCUCAGUGGGUUGAUUCGUCUUGUAAUUGUGGUACCCGGUAAUUCGUGGUGUUCAACAGUUGUGGUGUAAUUCGGUUCUGUCCAUCUUUGUGCAUUGGUUGAUACAGGAGCUCAGGUUUCUGUGAUUCGGGAAGAUGUUUUACGCUCAUUACCAGAUGAAAUGAAACUUGAUUCAGACUCUGACACGUCAGGUCUGACUUUGAGUGGAGUUGGAGAAGAUAUCACAGGUGUAAAGGGUGUUGUCUUGCUAAGAUUCAAGAUACUUGAUCAUGAGUUUACUGAGCCUUUUCCGUUUGCGGUGAUAGCUUGUGAUAGGCUGCCGUUUUGUGUUGUGUUGGGAGCAAACUUUAUUCGGUCAUAUGGUGUGAAGCUGGACUUUGCAAACCGAACUAUGUCAUUUAAGCUAGAAGAUGAAGCCUUUUUCUGUCCUUUCCGGCCUCAAGAAGCAUACUCUGCUCCGGUUCAGCUGUGUUUUGCACAUGAGAUACAUGACUCUUCUGUUGCUGACCCUAAGUUACAACCCUUGAUCGUUGCUGAAACUGACAUAGCAGCAUUGCAGGCAGGUGAUUUGACCUUGCAGACUCUUGCUGAGAAGGUUGUUAUGAAGGAGGAUCCAAGGCAUUGGCAAGAGCCAAUGUUGCAGAGGUUCAGCCGGUUUUUCUCCCGCUUAGUGUUCUUGAACGAUCUGUUGUGGUGCACAGUUGGUGAAAGAUCAGUUCCAGUUAUCACGGUUCACUUUUUGGUUGAAAUUGCUUACACUGUUCAUGAACACAUGGCACAUAUUGGUCGACAUAAACUUGUGCAGAUCUUGGCUGCUCAAGUAGGUAUGGCAUCCAGAUGUUGAGAGAGUUGCACGUGAUGUGUGCUCAUCCUGUCUCAGAUGUCAGAUGUUCAAGAUUUCGCACCAAACAGUUGCACCUCCAAUGCUCAAGUUGAGCACUUCUUGUCCCUUUGAUUUGGUUUCUGUCGAUUUGAUCGAGUUUCCACGGUCGUCUAGAGGUUUUGUGUCUGUGUUGAUGGUUGUUGAUCAGAAUUCGAAAUGGUUGGUUGCGGUUCCAUUGAAGGAUAAGAAGGGUCUCACUGUUGCACAUGCGUUGGAGUUUAAUGUCUUACCUGUUCUUCCACGUUGUCCUGUCAGACUCCUCUCAGACAACGGUCCCGAGUUUCGUUGUGCUAGUUUCAAUGAUGUUCUUGUGAAGUUUUCUGUGAAACACACGUACUCAACGCCAUAUUGCCCUGCUUCAAAUGGCGGAAUUGAACGUGCAAAUCGGACCAUAGCUGAAAUGCUGAGAGGGCUGGUUCCAGAUGGUAAGCAGUGGGAUUUACAUCUCCCUCAUGCUGUAAUGGUGUAUAAUAACACACUGCAUUGUGAACUAGGUUGUCACCAGCUGAGUAUUUGUUAUCUAAAGCACAUGACGUGAAAUCCAGACCUCUUGUUACCAAUGAUACCAGGGAUAUCUGGAAACCAGGUCACCCUCGUUUUGAACCUUUUGUUGUUGAUCAACGAGUGAUGCUAAAAGUACAGCAACCAGGCAAUCUCACAGUGAACAAGUUGAAACCCAGGUUUUCGGGCCCUUAUCGUCUGGCGAAAGUUCAUGACAAUGGUGUGACAUACGUGGUUGAGAAGCAGGCAGAAGAUGGUUCUGUCUUGCAGAAGUCGGUCCACUACCGACAAGUCAAGGCUUUCCAUGAGCCACCUGCAUACCUUCGUGAACAUCCAUGUUUCCAGAGUAUUCCAUCUUGUCCUGUUGUUCCCACUGAUUAUGACUCUGAUUCUGAUAUUAUGAUUGCUGGUCCCAUCUUUGCUGGUGUAUUAUGUUUCUUUUUACUCAAAUUAGAAGAUGGAUUGGUCAGUAGCAGACAAGAUGCUGCAGAGGCAAGACAGAGAGAUCAUGGCAGAAGCAGCCGUACAGCUCCUCAACAAGGGGCAAGAUCUAAAACUCGUCAGGGAUCCAUCAACACUGCAGCAAGAGGACCAAAUCAUGGUCGUGGGCGUUUUGGAUAUCAUGGACACAGCCAAUGGAACCACAGAAAUGUGCAAAACUACAAUGACUAUGGUGCGCCUAGCAGUCAUCAAAACAAAAGAGGGCACCCUCGCAAACGUGAGAGACAAAACAACGUCAAACGUGGUAAAGGAAAACAAUAUAAUACAGCCCAUAACUCAAAGAGAAAUUUCCCUGUUGGAACAACUGUUGCAACACUUGCAGACCUCGACGACUUGGAACCUGAUGACGACUAUCGCGACAUCCCUAUUGAACCUACUGACAAUGAACUACUGCAGGUUAAGGCUCCUUUCAUAAGGAGAAACAUUACAAAGGGGGCCUACAGAGGAGUGCACCAUUACCUCGAUGUGCAUUUUAGGCUUCUGCGUGAAGACUUUAUUCGCCCUCUGCGUAAUGGCAUUGGCCAAGUAAAAUGUGGUUCAAAAGACGUAAAAGAUGUCCGUGUGUAUCUGAAAGUAAAAUUUCAGGACGCCGAAGUUGUGAAUGGUCAUCUUGUGCAUUUAGUGAAGCUAAAUUUGCCAAAGAAUUUUAAAGAUGAAUCCUCAAAGCAACUGCUGUUUGGCAACAUCAUGUGCUUCAGUGCGGAUAAUUUUACCUCUUAUUUUCGGGCAACUGUUGCAAGCCAUGACCCUGACAAACUGAAGAAGGGACUAGUUGGCAUAAAGCUGCUUUCAGUGUCUAAACUGGACGCCAGUCUUGAGUACACAGCUGUUGAGUCAAGGACUUUCUUCACCCCGUACAAUCACGUCCUGAGAGCUCUUCAAUCCAAGGACAAAAAUACCUUCCCGCUUGUCGAGCACAUUGUCUUCGCUAAGAAAGCUGUUCAACCUCCUCAGUAUGUGCUAAACAGAGCCAAUGUGCAUUACGAUCUGCGUGUGGUUUUGCAAACCAAUUACAUGAAAGCUCGUGCCGAAGCUUGCAACAUUUUUCCAAUGUGUGAUACCACAGAACCACCUAAUAAUUGCCGAGAUCUUCAGUCCAUUCCCAUAAGGAACGCUGAGAUAGAAAAGUGGCCGACAUGCUCCGUCUUGGGUCUCGACCCACCCCAACGUCAAGCACUGCACUCGGCGCUCACAAAGCGGCUGGUUGUGAUUCAAGGCCCACCAGGAACUGGCAAAACUUAUUUAGGUCUGAAAAUCGCUCAAGUUCUGCUCCACAAUUCGCAGGCAUGGUCUAGGAAGGAAAACGAAAUUCGACCUCUUCCUUGGCAUCAAGAAGACAGGUUGGUAGAAACAGUUGAUGUAGACGUGACAUCGCCCAUUCUCGUCAUUUGCCAGAAAAACCAUGCGUUGGAUCAGUUUUUGGAAGGCAUGCUCAAAUUCACUCGAAGAGUAGUCCGAAUCGGAAGCAGAAGCAAUAGUGAAAUAAUCAAGAGAUACCAAAUCAACCAGUUUGUUAGUUCCUUGAAAAAACAACGGCAACUUCCUUCAACCCUCCGCAAGGCUAGCUAUGAAAUACGGAAAAGAUUAAAUGACGCCGAAACUGAGUUUAGUAGUCAAUAUGCUCAGCUGAAAAAGAUAGAAGCUCAGCUGCAACUAGAAGCUCAGCUGCCAAUGCGCGAGACCAUGCCUACUUUUGAGUUCAUCCGUACUCACGAGUUCAUCCGCACUCACGAGGAGAACAUACAGAGGCUCAGGGAAAGGACGUAUGAGGUGAAGAACUCCGAGUAUCUGUACGUGGCGCGUCAGGCGGACGUUGUGGGCCUCACCACCACGGGAGCUGCGCAGUUCCAGGACUUCAUCCAGGAACUCAAGCCCAGGAUAGUGAUCAUUGAAGAGGCUGCCGAGAUAUUAGAGGCCCAUGUCGUGGCAUCUCUCAACGCCAACUGCGAGCAUCUCAUAAUGAUCGGUGACCAUCAGCAGCUGAAGCCAAGCCCUGCAGUUCACCAGCUCGCCACGGACUACGGGCUCGACACGUCGCUCUUCGAGCGGAUGAUCAACAACGGAGUCGCGUACGAUACCCUGCAGUAUCAGCACCGCAUGCGUCCUGAGAUUUCAUCUCUCCUGGUCCCUGCCAUCUACCCGGAACUCGAGGAUCAUCCAUCAGUGCAAGGCCGAGAUCACAUCCGGGGUGUCGAGAGGAGCGUCUUCUUCGUGUCUCACCUCGAGAAGGAGCAAGAAGAAGGUGAUGAUAAUAACAGUCACAGCAACGUUCACGAAGCUGCGUUCAUAAUGGGCCUGGCUCGUUACCUCGUCCGGCAAGGCUACGACCCUGAGCAGAUCACUGUCCUCACGCCCUACUCCGGCCAGUUCUUCCUGCUGCGUAAAGAGCAAAGGAACUACAGCCCUACCUGCGACAAUAUGUGCGUCUCCACUGUUGACAACUACCAAGGCGAGGAGAACGACAUCAUUCUGUUGUCCAUGGUUCGCAGCAACGACUCGGGCAACAUUGGCUUCUUAAAGAUCGCGAACCGUGUGUGCGUCGCUCUGUCGCGUGCCAAACUCGGACUCUUCAUCAUUGGCAACAUGCAGCAACUUUGCCGGAGCUCUGCUCUUUGGAGGAAAAUUGAAGAAGCCUUGAAGAAAAUCGAUGGCCUUGGUGAUGCGCUCGUCCUCAAAUGCCAGAGCCAUCCUGAUCGCAAGGUUGCUGUCAAGACUGGUGAAGACUUCUGGACCAUGAGUCCAGAAUGCGGCUGCACUCGGCCCUGGAAUGCUGACAUUUGUAUUUGUGCGACCUGGAAUGCUGACAUUCUUGCGACCCGGAAUGCUGACAUUCGUACGACCGGGAAUGCUGACAUUCGUACGACCGGGAAUGCUGACAUUCUUGCGCCUCGGAAUGCUGACAUUCUUGCGCCUCGGAAUGCUGACAUUCUUGCGCCUCGGAAUGCUGACAUUCUUGCGACCCGGAAUGCUGACAUUCUUGCGACCCCAAAUGCUGACAUUCGUGCGACCUGGGAUGAUGACAUUUGUAUUUGUGCGACCUGGAAUGAUGACAAUUUGCGUUGUGCGCCUCGGAAUGCUGACAUUCUUGCGACCCGGAAAGCUGACAUUCAUGCGACCCGGAAUGCUGACUUUCGUGCGACCCGGAAUGCUGACAUUCGUGCGACCCGGAAUGCUGACAUUCGUGCAACCGGCCAUGUGAAGCGCGUGCAGCAGUGUCAGUCGCCGUGUUCCCGCAAACAGAAAUUCAAGUGCACUCUGUUCUAGACUCCUGCGUUUCCGAAUAAUUUUCUCGAAAUGAACUAUGACGACCGGGACGAGACGAGAAAUUAACGGUAAAAAAAUAACGGGAGAAAGUGUAAAAUUUGUCCCGGAAUAAACGUAUGAACUGGGACCAGACGUGUCCUGGUAAUUCUGAAAAAUACGAGACGUAAAAUAUUAUAUGACUCGAGACGAGACAUUUCUUAAAUAUUCUAGACAAAAUAAGAUAUUUCUUCCUAUACGAGCACAAAAUUGAACUUUCCGAACGCGCGGUUAAGGAAAACAAAGUUAACUCACCCAAGCAAAGCAAUGCCAUCACCACCUGUAACCUACCUCAUAUGAGAGAAAUUAGUUCCAACCAAAGGGGACCGUACAACCGUACGCUCUCUGAACUUGCUUGUUUGACCUCUCGGUCAUUUUAUUCUACUCCAUAUAUUGUUAAAAAACAAGUAUAGUUUUCCCUGACUGAUAUCGCGUAAAAAUUUGCUAGCUGGAAGUAGGGUAGCUACUAGACGCUACUUGCUAUUAAUCCCUGAAGGCAGGCAGUAGUACCCUUGUACACUAGGCAACUAGCAUGGUAAUCAGGCCCAGUGGUUAAAGUUCAGAGUUCCAAGUUUGGAGCAGAGAGAUGCGGGUUCGAUCCCAGCUCCGUGCGCCAGUUUCUGGUCAGAAUCGGCAAG